GAAGCAGAUGCUCGAGCUCGAGUGCUGCUUCACCAAUCACCACCCCCAUAAAAAACUAGUCACCGCCACGAAACCACCGCCGCCACCGCCACCGCCACCGCCACCUCCACCUCGUGACAAAAUAUAAAAAAAGUUGAGAAAGCAAAUCAAAGGGCAGAGAGAGAGAGAGAGAAGAAGCAAAAAAUGUGGAGGCAAGCGUUUGGCGGCGCUCUGCAACCGUGGCGCAUGAUAGCAUCGCGGCGGUCGUCGAGCGUAUCCUCCGCCGUCAACUCCAUGUUGAUCCGCUCCCUCAAAGAACACUACUUCGAAGUCUCCAAAAUGACCCCUCCCCCUAAGGUGAACCCUCCUUCACCAUUCAUGAUUGGAAAAGGGGCACUUGACAACAAUUUGCCUGUUCUAAAACGGGCUUAUGGUGACGAGGAGAUCAAUCUCUAUGUAAUGCGGUUGGCUAACAUUAUUCCUGGGGGUGGAGAUGAUGAUGGUGAUGAUGGUAUUAACCAGUUGUUCCUUCAUGUCGAUAUCUCGAAGCCUGGACAAAAGGAUUCGUUACAUUUUCUUUGUGGGUUGUACCCGGAUGCAUUGGGAAUUCACUCUGUUUCAAUGAGGCCGAAGCUUGAAACUUCUGGUUUUUUCGUAGUUCCAACCACAUAUAAUGGUCCUGUUUUCCGAGAUCUUGAUGAAGGGAUGAGAGACGCACUGCAUGGUUACAUUGAGGAGCGAGGAAUAAAUGAGAGCCUCUUUCCAUUUCUUCAAGCUUGGCUUUAUGUGAAGGAUCAUCGGAAUCUUAUGCGUUGGUUCAAAUCUGUAGGCACCCUCGUUGAUGAGCCCACACAAGCUUCAGGUGCUUAAAUUUUUUUUUUCCUUUCUAUGAAAUGAUUUAAUUGGUAAGCCAGAAGGACUCAGGAGAUUGUUGUUUCCAAUGGGGGAUUGUUGUUUCCAAUGAAGUCCUGUAUCUGUUAUGUUGCUAGUGUAAUAGGUUUUUGUCAUGACUCUUAUUUUGCAACACUGCUACUUUCCCUGCUUUAUAGGAAGCUUAAUUUUACACAUCUUUAAUC